GCAAGAAGCAAGCAGGAUUGUUUUUCUGCUCAGAACAGAGUGUCUUUUUUGAAUCCGCCCUUCAUUAUGGUUCACAGAAAAGUGAAGAAAAAGUUCAGGUGCAUCGUGCUGGUCUGUCUCUUAUUUGCGACUAUAUGUGUGUGGAAAGAUAUGAAGAAAGGGGAUGAGUAUGAUUCCCUUCAGUUGCGAAGAAAGGAAUUUCAGGCCUCGAAGAGUCUGCAGAAGAAGAUUGUGGACUCCAAUUUCAGGUCUGUGUCUUCAAACAGCAUUCAGGAUACUCUCAGGGGUAAACAAGACCUCAGAAGACUCAGGGGUCCAUCUAAGACCAAACUAGAGAACUCCCACCUGGUGUGGAACAGGGAUAGCUCUUCCAAAAACAUUAACCCUAAACUGAAGAAUGUCUGGAAGUAUUAUCUGAAACUGAAUAAGUACAAUGUGUCCUACAAGGGGCCAGGGCCAGGUGUCAAGUUCAGUGCAGAAUCCCUAAGCUGUCACCUUCGGGACCGAGUGAAUGUCUCCAUGGUGGAUGCCUCAGAUUUUCCCUUCAACACCUCUGAAUGGAAGGGUUUCCUCCCCAAGGAGAACAUUAGGACCAUGACUAGGCUAUGGGGCCAGUGUGCUGUUGUCUCAUCAGCAGGAUCUCUGAAGUCCUCUCAACUGGGCCCAGAAAUAGAUGAUCACGAUGCCAUCCUGAGGUUUAAUGCAGCACCCACAGACAACUUCCAGCUUGAUGUAGGCACCAAAACCACCAUUCGUCUAAUGAACUCUCAGUUGGUUAAAGGCCAGAGGUUCCUCAAGGACAGUCUAUAUAAUGAAGGAAUCCUGGUUGUGUGGGACCCUUCUGUGUACCACUCAGAUAUCCCAAAGUGGUAUAAAAAUCCCGAGUAUGGUUUUUUUGAAAAUUAUAAGAGCUACCGAAAGCUGCAUCCCAAUCAGCCCUUUUACAUCCUCAAGCCCCAGAUGCCUUGGGAGCUUUGGGACAUUCUUCAGGAAAUGGCCCCGGAGGAGAUUCAGCCAAAUCCUCCAUCCUCCGGCAUGCUUGGCAUCAUCCUCAUGAUGACACUGUGUGACCAGGUAGACAUUUAUGAAUUCCUUCCAUCCAUGCGGAAGACUGACUUGUGCCACUAUUACGGGAAGUUCUUCGACACUGCAUGUACCAUGGGCUCCUACCACCCACUCCUCUAUGAAAAAAACCUGGUGAAGUUUCUAAACCAGGGCACUGAUGCAGAUAUUUACAUUCUUGGAAAAGCCACACUACUUGGCUUCCAGAAUAUUUGCUGCUAAAUGUGGGUUCCUUG